AUGGCGUUGAUUAAGAUCUGGCUGGCCCAGAGCCUGCCGUCGUCUUGGAGCGGGUUUUCCGACGUAUUUUUCGAGGCAGCGUCUCGAGAGGACGGCCCGGCUCCCGGUGAGAGUGGAUGGAGAUGUGAUGCGGCUGAUGGAUGUUUGAUGGUCUUGGAACCUCGUCUUCCGGAGAACUUUCGUCUUCUUGACACAAGCCCCUCGAUCAAAGGUCUGAUUUUGAGGAGGUGUGUCAAAUUCGCGAAGCGAGCCAAGCGAGCCUCCGACACCGAUGGCCUCCGAAGGGAAGGCCUUGAUUGUCGUUCAAUGGGCCUGGUGGUUAUCGUGAUCGAGUCAGCGAUAUCACUUGACAAAGAAGUAGAAACAGUCAAAGGGGAAGGGAACAGAGCGAUUGGCGAGUGGAGACCGGUUGUCUACAUGCCGAUUCGGCACUGCCCUGUCCAGCUCCGCAAUGUAACGAAGCAUCAAUCGACCGAGCAACCGGGAGGUCUGGAUAUCAAGAACCAGUGCUUCAACGCGGUUGUCGAGCUUUCAAAUUAUAUCCCAAGGAAACCGGCCGAAGCUCUCCUUGAACGUCCGGCCGCCUCAACCAGACCCUCUCUGUUAUAA